GAAGCAGGAUCAGUGUAGCAUGACCGCGCCCCUUUCACAGUUAACGGGAAAGAGUAUAAAAACGCCGCCUCUUUACCGAAGUCGGAUCAUUUUUGAUCAAGUUUGCCUUUCAGUUGGGUUAUACCAUACUAUAUUUCAUGAAACUUUUUGUGAUAUUGGCUGCAUGCACCUUUUUGGUGUCAGCCGAACUGAAAAAAGAUGAAAAGGAAAGUGUUGCUGAAAAGAAAACAUCGGGUGAUCUAGACACUGAAGAAGCUAGACCAUAUGAUAGCUACUCAGCUCCUCCACCACCACCUCCAGCCCCUGCGAAAGCUGAAUACGGAUUAAUACACGACUACCCUUCAAAUGGUUAUGGCAAACUUGGAGACGAAUCGUCCAGCGAUGCAGGAGGAUACAGAAAAGGAGUAGAACCCUCCUCUGGAUACCAGUCCGGAUAUGGAGGAGGAUACGAUAAUCGAGGACCCCUCUUGCCCCCCAGAGGACAAAGUGGGGCAUCUAGUCCUUACAGUGGUUCUUACUCACCAUCUUCGGGUGGAUAUGGAGCACCACCACCAUCUAGCAGUUAUUCUCAACCAUCAAGUGGGUAUGGAGCACCACCGCCAUCUAGUAGCUAUUCUCAACCAUCAAGUGGAUAUGGAGCACCACCACCUAGUAGCUAUUCUCAGCCGUCAAGUGGAUAUGGUGCACCACCGCCACCACCUAGUAGCUACUCCCAGCAUUCUAGUGGAUAUGGAGCUCCACCACCCCCAAGCAGUUACUCAUCUAGUUCAUAUUCAAAGCCUGCUACUAACUAUGGAAGUGGUCACCACAGUCCCUCAUCUUCUUUAUCAAGUGGAUAUCCUAAACCUGUAAGUGGUUAUGGAAGUGCUCCUAAACACCCAAGCUCUUACUCUCAACCAUCACCCAUUGGAGGGCAUAGAUACUCUAAGCCCCAAACAAGUAGCUAUGGUAGCUCAUACAAUCCGGCUCCUAUUAGCAGUUAUGGUUCCUCUGGAUAUUCUAAACCCCUAUCUUCACAUCAAGCUCAUAAACCUUAUAGCGGGUAUUCCUCUUCAAACAGUGGUUAUGCACCCCCACCAUCACAUAGUGGUUAUGCUCCACCAGCUUCUGGAAGUGGAUAUUCUGCCCCUGUUCAUAGUUCCUAUUCUGCUCCUGCUUCAUCAAGUGGAUACGCACCAUCAGGCGGAUAUGCUCCUUCAAGCCAUAGUGGAUAUGCCCCUCCUCCUCCCGCUCCAAGUCGAUACUCUCAACCAGCUCCUAGCCCAUAUCGGCCAGCAGCACCAAGUUCUUCAUCAUCCAGCGCAUAUGCUCCAAAAGUACCAAGCAGUUAUGCAUCGUCUUCCCACAGUGGAUAUGCUCCAUCAGCCCACAGUGGGUAUGCUCCAUCCGCCCACAGUGGAUAUGCCCCGUCAUCUCAGAGUGGAUAUGCACCAUCGUCUCAGAGUGGAUAUGCUCCAUCGUCUCAGAGUGGAUAUGCUCCAUCGUCUCAGAGUGGAUAUGCUUCGUCCUCUCAGAGUGGAUAUGCUCCUUCUUCCCAUAGUGGGUACGGUCCUGCUCCUUCUUAUACAGGACAUUCAAGCUCAAGUGCUUACAGUUCAAGACAACAAUCAAGUUACGCUUCACCAAACAAAUAUUCAUCCAGCAGUUAUUCUUCCCCACAGCACCACCGUGGGUAUGUUGCCCCUUCAGCACCUGCAAGUUAUGGAGCCAUAAGGCAAUCAGGUUCUAACAGCUACGCUUCGAGUGCUCAAGCACCUAAACAAUAUGGAAAUUCAUAUGGCACAGUUACCAAAAAAGAAUAUAGUAAAACCAUAGAAACAUAUGGGAGCAGCUCAGACCCACACGGUUCCUUGGGGCCUUCUUCGGGAUUAUACGGAACUGGAUUGGCACGAAGAGCAUUACACGAUGAUCAAAGCAGUUUACUGGGAGGAAUUAGCUAUGGAAAAACUUAUGAUAUAGCUCGUGGAGAUAAGCCUCAGUCCUACAGAGAAGAUCAGUCGAUUUAUGGUUCUAAUUUGUACUGAUUUUAAUGUGAUUUGGUCUUUUUUUUGUUAAUUUAUGCAUUGGGUUCAUGCGUUUGUACUUUAUAAACUUGUUGUAAGACAAGUAUUUGUUAUAUUUGUUUAUAGUUUGAAACUGUUUUGUUAUAACUUGUUAUAUUUUACAUAUUUUAUAACCAAAGAAUAAAAUUUUCAUGGAUAU